UAAGUACGGAAUCGACAGCAAUGAUACCAAAUAAAUUCCGCCAUUCGUACCAGAACCCGUGAAAAUCGAUGACGCAAAUAAACAUUUCCAAUAUUGUAUAGCCGAGAUUAAACGAAAAUGGGUAUCAUAGGUUCGGCAAAAAGCAGUAACAAGGCUGUACGUUGUUCGUAUAUUGAAACAAUACUACUUUCAGCAAUAUAUAGUCAAAGAUAUCACCCGGCAGAGAAUGUCCUUCGAAGUCAUUGGUGAGGAAGCAACGGAACGAGUCGAUUUUGCAAUCAAAAAAAUAAUGGAUUCGUUGAAUGAGGAACUUGUUGCAUCACCGAAGGUAAGCAGAAUCAAGAGGUCUUGGGCAUUAUGCAGAAUGUGAUGCAACUUGAAAGCUCCUACCACACGAAUAAGAGAAAACGAAAGGCGUCUGAAGCUUUCGAUGAUGAUUUCAACUACCUCUACGGGAUCGUUACAACAGCCACGGAUUGGUACCUUAUCAUGUACACGCCAAAAAGAAUUUAUUGUACGAAGGCCGACUAUCACAUUGACCUUACUGAGGAUAUUUUAGAUGAUGAUGCAAAACUUUGUCAAGGGGCGAAGUAGGUCAUGGGUAAUCGUAGGUUUGUUGAAAGAUAGGGUAGAAGUUGUCAAGUUGAUGACGCCCAGAUAGUAAGAGAGAAAAUAUAUUAAGGAAUGAGUAUCCACAAUCAUUAGCAUAGUCACGGGCAAAGUCCCGAACUUUGUAUCUAUUUCUCAUCUAUUA